AUGGCUGAGCAGCCUUGCCCAGAGAUGGCCCUGCCAGCCCAGGUGAUGGCUGCAGACAACACUGAAGCCUCUCCACUCCAUGCCACACGCCGUGGCUCCCAGCCCCCAGCCCGGGGCUCCGAGGAAGGCAAACCACCACUCCUGCUCUCCCGCCGCAACUCGGUCCUCAGCCGCCGCAGCUCAUUCGGGGUGGUCCCGGGCAGCAGGCGCCCGUCCAUUGGCCCUUGGAUGUUCCACAGACGUGUUAGCUUCUCUGGGCUCCCCCUUUUCCAGCCCAUCCUCAAGACCUGCCUCAAAAACACUUAUAGGAUGGGGCCAGAGGAAGGCUGCAAGUUCAACGUGGGGCAGGUGCAGCGGAUGCUGGAGGGGGCCCUGGCCAGUGCCCUGGGGACCACUGUCUACAGCCCUCAGGGCAGUGCCCCACUAGCCCAGAGCGUGGUUGAGCUGCUGCAGCACCGGGCUAAGGAGGUAGUGCCACCCCGCUACAAGCUGGUCUGCCAUGUGGUGCUGGGCCAGCAGGGCCAGCAGAGCCUGUUGGUGGCCAGCCGGGCACUGUGGGACCCUGACACUGACAGCUUUGCCUCCGCCACCUUCUCCAACGCCUCCCUCUUCGCUGUGGCCACAGUGCAUGGGGUCUACUUUGAGUAG